AUGGCCGGCAGAGGCGUCGGCAGCGGCCCGCAGCCGCCCGCCGUGGCGCAGCCGCUCGGUGGCGGUCACCUGUACCCCUUCGUGAGCGCGGAGAGCGAGGGGCCCGAGGAGGAGGGCGAGGUGUCGGAACUGCGGCCGCGGGGCAGGGAGAAGGUCCGGCGGAGCGCGUCGAGGGACAGGCUGGAUGAUAUCGUCCUGCUGACAAAGGACAUCCGGGAAGGGGACACGCUGAACGCGAUCGCGCUGCAGUUCUGCUGCUCGGUUGCAGAUAUCAAGAGACUUAACAAUCUUAUCAACGAUCAAGAUUUUUUUGCCCUGAGGUCUAUCAAAAUUCCAGUGAAAAAGUUCAGUGUAUUGACUGAAACGCACGUGUCUCCAAAAGGAAAACCAGCUCUUCGGCCUGCUCUGUGUUCCCCAGAAGUACAGGAAACAUCUCUUUGUGAUAAAUUCUCUGCUAAUGAGACUGCUGGCAACUUCUUAAAAGAAGUCGAUCGAGAUAUAGAAGAAAUAGUGAAAUCUAAUGAUACAAAGAGAGAGAAUCUGAAUGAAGUUGUUUCUGCUUUAGCAGCCCAACAGAUCUGUUUUGAAACUGAUGGUAAAACUAAAAAAUGCAAGGAUCCUUACUACGGAGCAGACUGGGGUAUAGGAUGGUGGACAGCAGUAGUGAUUAUGUUGAUUAUUGGCAUAGUAACUCCAGUUUUUUAUCUCCUGUAUUAUGAAGUUCUAGUGAAAGCAGAUGUCAGUCAUCAUUCUCCAAUGGAAUCUUCCCAUUUGUUUGUCACAGCAGUAUCACAUCAGAAAGAAAUAGAAAACGGAAUAAAUCCAGCAAAUAUUAUGAAAGUUGAUAAUCAAGGAGACAUUCAGCAUUAAUAAUGGAAGAUCCUAGACAACUGUUAUUUGUAGAUACAUAACAUAACCUUAUGUAAAGGGCAAUCCACAGAAUGCAAAAUGCACUUGGAAUGCAGAAAAUGUGUACUGAUGUGUGACUUGCCUUUAUAGGUAGUGUUCCACUACAAGGAUAUUUCUGGGGAUCACAUAAUCUCUGAAUAUGGCUGUGACAGGCAAUUUGCAAGACUGGGGUGUAAAUUGAGGUAUGAAGUCAUCUCUGAAGCUUUGCACUUUUUUCUAUUUUGAUAGGCUUGUUUCUUAAUUAAUGAUGAGGUGAAAAAAUGUAGUUCAAACUAAUACACAAGGAGUCUCACUGUGAGUGUGUUUUACAGCCCAGAAAUGGGCAUAUGGGGAUAUCUAACUUUUAAACAUCUGAAAAUAUUUAUAGAAUUGAUAGUACACUUGACAUUUUAAUAUCAGGUUUACAGUUGUAAGUUAAAAUGAUGUUCUCAUAAGUUUAUCUUUCUUAUAGAGUAAGGUUUUUUUUAAAACUCAAUCAUUCCAUAAUUAAUUGCCACUAUGAAGUUCUUUUUUACAACUGACUAUUACAGAGGCAGUAGCAAAUACUUAAACUGGAAUCUUGAAAUCUUGAGCCUAUGGUCAACCUAUUCUUUAGUACUUUUCAGUAUAGGCACUAGGGUAAUUUGCUUUUCUCUGUGUGCCUGAACACAGUCCAGUUAGGAGUCUUCCUGAAACUUUACAUUAUUCCUUGGUGUCCUGCUGAAAACUGACUGGAUUGCAUUCUCAUCUGGUCACCUGUGUGUAGAAUGAAAGAAGUGCAGAAGUGUGGCACCAUGCUGUAACUGCCCCCGUAGUCCUUAUUUUCUGCUAAUAGGCUUAUUUUUUUUCCCCCUCCAGUUAAUCUCAGUUCAGGACCAACUGAUUCUUCAGACAGCAGUAAUUUGGGUACUGAGCAUGCUAAUAUUGGUCUCAUGCCCAUGAACCUCAAGCAUUUAACUUUUUCCUGAAAUAUCCUAGAAAACUUCAAAUUAUAUUUAAUGCCUGCUAGCAAAUUGCAGCAGAAUAGACAGCUUGCACCUUCAGAUUUGUUCUUUACAUAUUAGUGUUUUCAUUAACAAUUCUGUUUUUGAAUUUUUCUCUUGGAGCUUCAUGAUCAACUUUGGUUCUCCCCUCUUUUUUUCUUCUCCAUCUGAAACUGCUACAAGAUUAAAAACAAAACAAACAAAAAAACAAUUUAAAACCGCACACCUCUGGACUCUUCAUACCGAAAGGAGGUACUUGUGUACUCAGAAUACUUUUAAAUAAAAACUGAGAUGGUGCCUGUAAUUCUUUUUGUUAUAUUUGCCUUGUGGACCAAGAAUUCCAUUGCCCUGUUGAAAAUAGUAUUUAUUACCAAAACCCAAGAUAACAUACUUGAUUAGGAUUUAAAAAGAAAGAAGUGAAAAAACAGUAUCCUCUAAACUACUAUUGUAAACUUCCCAAUGAGUGUCUUGACGAUGUAUACACAGUAUAAAAAGUCAGGAAAAGUAAAUGUGUUAUAACUAUUGAGGUAUUCCAAAAUGCUUUACCCGAUUCUGAGAGUAAAGACUUAGGCCCCAUCUAUUCUUGGGGCACCUGUUGCCCCAAGAAGCUGAGCAGAUAGUCUUCACUGGCAUGCCAAGUGUAUGAACAAGAAUUGGCUAACUUGUAUUAUAUUGAAAUUGAGGCAGGCCAAAGAAAAAUUGUGUACAGUUAGGUACCUGCACAAUGAUCUGUGACUGUUGAACGUUUUGAUUAAAGGAGCAUCUGUGGAGUUAGUGAGCCUACUCAUAGCCUCCACACUAGAAAAGGGAUUUCAAACAGCAUGAACUUGAUGGUUUGCAUAACAUUUGUUUUCAAAGAUCUUUUCCAGUGGUUGUUCUUUUCAUUAAGAGAAUAUGCCAGUAAGUCAAGCAUAAACACUGAGGUAGCAGUUCUAAUGCUGUAUGAAAAAAUGCUUCACAAAGUAAUUUAUGGUGGCUAAAGUGGUAACAGCUCUCAUGGUUAAAACUUUAAAAGGUGACUCGCUCAGACAAGAAAGCUUCAGCACAUAAAAACAAAUGUUUUCUAUAUAGGAUGAAACUUGGUAUAUAAUGCAUCAUUUUUUUUGCUGCAAGUGUUUUUAUUGUUUUGCUCCUUCUCCCAUCAUUCUGUUUUUGAAACUUACCAGUUCUAAUACUUUAUCCUUCAUUUCUUAUAAAUUGAACAAAGAACAUUAAAUUAGCUAUUGUGAUGAUGCAGCAUAAGCCUAAUUUACAGCACAUACCUGAACUGACGGUUACUAAAUUGCUACUGGUGCAGAAGUGAAAUGAACUGCAAUUAUGGUCUGAUUAGGUCAGGAAAGUCUCUGACCUGUUGAUGCAUUGAUACAGAGGCCUGUAGUGAUACAGCUGAAGAGUCCUCUAGUGUGUCCCAGACUUUGGGCUUUCACAGUGCCAAAGAUGUGUGGCAUACUGGCACUGAGUUAAGGGUGAUGUGCCUUGAUUUACCGUAGGACAAGCAGUUUGAUUGGACUAUAUUCCACUCUAACCAAGAGCGUGGCAUGUUUUUACAUAUGUAUUAUGUAGCAUAUUUCAUACAGUACAUUUUUAAUUUGAAUUAACUUUAUCAGGAAGAUACAGUAGAUCUCUUUUCAAGACUGUAGGACUCCUGAUCCUGGUAAUGUACAACCAUCAAGCUUGGCUUUCUGCAGAAUGUGGGGAUCUUUACAGCUUUUUUACAAAAUACAACACAACUGGUAAUUCAUCAUUACAUGUCAGCCCUGAAUAAACAGGGUAACUGCUCUAUGAGGAACUUAAUUCUGAUUGAAGUUAAAAUCUGUGAAGUUAGUCUUUUAGAAGCUGACUUCUUAAACAAAUAAACAAAAGAAACCCCAAAAGCAAACAAAAAAAGAGCCAAACUCCCUCACAAAAACAUGGAAUAAUUGAGUUGUAAAUCACUUUUUGGAUUAAUGCAACACAUUGUUCAGGAAAUGGGUUUUAAACUUACAGUGUUGGAUCAUAUAAAAUCUAAAUGUUUUAAGUCUGGUAUACUUUGGAGUAAGUUCUCACAAAUAGUCUUUGUAAGUUUUAUAAGGGCUGAAAAUACAACUUUGUGAAAUACUUCUGAGUGAGGAUGCAAGUCUUAUUUUAAAUACUUUUGCUCCUCUGCUUUUCAAAGAACGUAAUAUAUGUAAAAUAAAGAUUUUAUUAUGGACUGCAGUGAAAAUAGUGCAUCUAAUAUAUUUUUAGUUUUACAUACUUUGCAUGUUUUACUACAGCAGGCCACUACUUGUAUUUGUUUAGGCCAGUUUUUAUGUAUGAUGUACAGUAAAAAUUCCUGGCCAGCAAGUACUUUGUUGGCAGUAGCUGCAUAUAGCAUUCCUAUCUAGCAUACCAUAACUGCAGCCUUAAUGGUUUAUUCUGUUCAUGCCUUGUAAACUUUGAACUUUUCUGCAUAAAUUUCAGACAACUUGUUAGUUCUCAGAAACAGGUAUGAAUAACUGAGGGAGGGAUCAAUGACGUUCUUAGAUGGUGAGAUGACACUGAAAGCAAUAUAAAUUAAGAUUUGAAUAUAUGCCUGUCCAAAAUUGAAAUCUGCUGAAAACCAAAGAAGAGUCAUAAGCUUUGUUGGCAUUAUAGUCUUGCAAUGAAUUCUAAACAAUCAGAAAAUCAGCUUCUGAAAAGAGGUGCAAGCAUUACACUUCUGAAAGAGCACAAUCUCACCUCUUUUCAUAAGUGCCUUAGCACUGUGUCUUGCAGUACUUGUUCCUAAUUGAUGACCUUAUUUACCAUAGCUAAACUAAUCCUGGAGGGUCCAACCCAAGACUUUGCAAUUCCCUCUGGAGGAAGAGGUGACUGCAGUUUACCUCUUAAAGGACUCAAAAUUACUUGAUUUUUAAAAGAGUAAUGUUUCUCAACAGUAGUUGCAGUAGAAAGUGCAAUAGGAAGGCAGUUACCCAUUAGCAGAAUGAUGAAUGGUGAAAGUAAUUGGUCCUCAAGAAUUACUGUCUGCUGCAGAAUAAGAUAUUGUACUUGUUCAGGCAAGCCACAACUUGUCAACAAAUUGUUACUCAUGCAGUAACUCUUUUCUAGUGUUAAUUUUAUAGUUCCAUCUUUGACAAAAAGGAUUUACAUUCCUUUUGUAGGGGGCAAGGAGUCUUAUCGUUCAUCUUGCAUGGGGAGAACAGCUAACAGAAGCAGUUAUAGUCACAGCAGGUGAAUUCAGUUUUCACCAUACUUUCCUCAUUCACAUCUUCCAUCUGUGUUUUGUAUAUCACACAAAAGAAACGGGCACACACAUUCAAGAAACAGCUGCUGCUAUGUGUGCUGUUAAAAAAGAAAUUAACUGGCAGAAUACAUUUCCUGUGCAAUGCAGCUGAAUGUUUAUUACACCUUGCAGUCAACAACACUUCAAAUUAAAAGUGGUAUACCUCUGAGGUGUGACCUGCAUAGAAUUUUAGUUUAAUUUCCUUUAUAUAUGAUAGGUAUUUUAUCAUAAUAUUUGAAAAUUACACCUUAAGGACCAAAUUCUUGCUGCAUACAGACGUUCACAGAAUAAUGUUCCUGGUCACCAGUGAGGUGAAUUACCUUUUCAAAGAAAAUAAAACCUCAAAACCAACCAACAAAGAAAGCCCAAAACCCCUGAUUGCUAAUAAUGUAGUAGAAAUAAAAUAGUAUUUUUUGCUAUCAAAAAACUAAGAUACAGAGAAUGUGCUGUCACAGUUUUCUUCAAAUAUCUAAUCUCACUAAUAACACUAUUUCAACCCUGCAGCUGUUGGUUCUCAAAUAAAAAGGAUGUUUCCAAACAUUCAGCUUUUUCUUAGCAUUCUCUUUAUUUUUCAAAUUCAAACAUGCAUUAAAAUACCACAUUCCUUUCCUAUAUUUAGGGGUUUAUUAUUGCUUUUUUUAUCUGUUUCUGUCUAGUUUGUUCUGUAGGAAAGUAAACAAGUACAUCAACAAUUACAUAGAUAACUAUCAUCUGCCAGCUCACUUUACAGCUCUAGGUAAGAAAGUAUUGCCCUAACAGGUGGAGAAACUGAGGCAAAGGGCUCAAAUUUUCAUCACUAGUGAGUGCACCAGUCUAAAGCAGGCAUCCAUAAUUUCUUAAAUUCUGCCAUAUAUUCCUUCUAAGCCAAAUAAUCCUUAAUUAUGGUUUAUGCUGAUUCAUAAAGGGAAUAUAUUUUACUGUGUUCCUUUUUACCAAAAUACUAAAGGCAUUAUGUUCUAACUAGACAAAUGGUCCUUCAAAUUAUUGUCAUGUUAUUUGCCUAUAUUACCAAGGUCCUUCCAAGUCAGUUUAUAUGGAAGUACAUAGUUGUCAAUUGUUUUCUGUUACCUGAACUCAGAAGUUUACAUAAAGUUCUUCAGAGGAGUCAGCUGCCAACAAGCAGUUUAUGUCCAUAAAGACUAUAUGUAUUUUUUUUUGCAGUGGUCAUCAAGAACUUCAUUAUUUGUUUCAAGAUUUUACUGUUGAGGCAUAGAAUUGAGUAGUGCAAGACAUCAUUUCUAGUAAAAUGCAUACUUUUUGGUUUUGUGCAGAGGAAACGCAAUGGCAUAAAGCUUACUCUAGGCAUUCCAGAGGACCUUAAAAAGACAUGUCUGCAAAACACUUCGCAAAAGAGCAAAACAAAGGAUUCCCUAUCCUCUUUUACAGCAUAGUACAGUUAAACUCCAAUGUGUUUUUGGAGAAUCUCCUUAAAACCAAGACAGCUAAAGCAUUAAGUCGUUGAUACUCAGCCUACCUCAGGAAUUCUGCUUCAAGUAAUAUAAGGCUGGAACAGUGUAACAGGUAGAAACAACAGCUACUGUGUUGCUUUAACCGUAUUGCCAUCACUGACAGCACCAAAGGCGUCUCCAUCUUCAAAACAGGAAAAAAAUGUAGUCAUUUUCCUAAACCAAUGAAAAAAAAUCACUGUGUGUAGAGAAGACAAUUUAUAGAAGAAAUAUGAUUUGAACUGCACUUGAGCACCCACACUUUCAAACAAUAAUAGAUUCUUGAGAAAGAAAAAGAAAAAUCUUGUAGUGAAGUUUCGAUAUAUAUGAAACAACAGGCAUCACUCUUUUAGUGAUGAAAAGGAGUGAUUGUAUUGAUCGUGUCAGAACACAUUCUUGUGUACAAGAUCUUUUUUCAGAGCUCUUUGUGAGUAACGAGUCUAGAACACUCACUUAAAUUUACAAUACAGUGUAGCAGAAAAAAGAUCAUGAAUGCAAUAAUUUCUUCCACAACAACUCUGCCUUACUGGGAGCUAUGGACAUGUCUUUGCCAGCCAAUACGCUAUCAAUGACUGGGAUCUGACUCCAUGUAAAUAAGAAGCUAACAUUAUACCUCUUCAUGGUCUUCUUCAUCAUAUUCCUCUGGUUCUUCUGCUUCUUCAUCACCUUCUUUGUCUUUUGUUUUGUCUUUCUCCAGAUUUUUCUUCCUUUUCAUCCUUCUUUUCUAGCUCCUGUCACAAAACAAUCUCUUAACAAGAGAAUCCCAUGUUACAGCAACAGCAUGUCCUCCAUACUACUAAAGAGUUAAGAUACAGUUAACUGCAAGACAGUUAGCAUAGCAAUGCUGUGCAAAUGUUGUGUGUCAAUAUUUAAACCAAUAUGAUGUGAAGCACAAGAACUUAAUAAGGAUUUACUUGGUCAAGCAUCAGCCAUAAAAAUCCAUACCCUGUAUAAUAAACUGAGAUUAUUAUUUCCCUUUAAAAUACACUGUUAGAACAGUUGACAGAAGGCCAUGUCAUACUUGACAAAGCAAUACCAUAUACUGUAUUUGGUAAUAGAACUGUUUCAAACAACUGGUGGAUCACCAGGAGGAAAAAUACAAAGCUGGUUCACCUUUAAGGUUCCACUGUCAUAUGGGAAGUAAUUGCCUACAAAACAGAUCACUUCCUAAGUUUCUGUAUGUUUCAUCCUUCUCAACUUACUUGUUUAAGUUCUAACAUCAGUAGAUUGGUGAAACAGCAGCAGAUUUAAAAGCACGGGCACCAGUCCUUCCUGUAAGCUCCAGCAGUAGCUCUACUGCUCACAUUAGGCAGUAUUUCUACCCAGUGAAGAGCAAUUAGUUGUUGUGUUCAGGUACAAACAAGAGCAAAGAAAGUAAUUUCUCCACAACCAGACUAUUCUUACCCUAACCCCUGCACCAUCAUGCUGCAGAACAGUUGUCUGUCAGAGUAACAAGACACAACCAGAAAAACUCUGUGCUGGUUAUUCUGUUUGUACUAAUAAAGAUACUAGGUUUCAUUUUCCUUCAAUUUCUAUUAUAAAAUUUAGAAAUGGUAUGCAUAUUUUACCUCAAUUUUUUUAAUCACAUCCAGAUUACUUUUAGGCUCAGAGCUUUUUUUGCCUUUUCUGUUUUGCACCAGGUGAAGUAAAAUACAUUACUGUUAUUUUUUUUUAACGUGAAAAAGACAGAUUUUCUUGUUUUAUUCUUAGGAGUAAAUUCAUCCUGAGUAUGCCAUGGAGGUCCCAUACUGUCUGUAUUAAAACAACCUUAGACUUUGAGCUACAUCAUUCAUAGAGAUGUAAAUGUCUGAUUUGUGUAAGAAAUGCCUAGAAAGCCAGUCUGAAACACAGUUUGAACAAGUAGUUCACAAAGGCUGGGCUAAAGUAUGACAUUCAGAUUCACAAAAUAAUAGUCACCUAUACAGUUAAAAUAUUUUAAGAAGCUAGAACAAAAUCUCAAUUGUUAUGUUUAAUCAUCCUGGAAAGAUUAAAAACUCAUUUUUACCGAUUUAUACAGGACAUUAAUGAUGGGGCUUCAGACAAGUAGAUGUAAAAAAAAAUGCAGAAGUUCAUUAGCUCUAAAAGAAGACAUGAUUACUAUAGCUACAUGGCUUUUGGACUACAGUUGGCUCUCAUCUAAUGAAUCUAUGUUCUGUAUUUCUACUUAGUCCCCUGAUUCAUGGACAUAUUCUUUAUCACAUUACUCCCUGAUUAACUAUGUGGUGGAGCAAAGAUCAAAAAUAACCCAUAAUUCCACAUGCCCAAGUAAGAGUUACUUGAAUGGCAGCACCCUAAACCAAAGUUCCCCAAAUACUCAAUGAAGCAGAACACCGGGAACUGCUGAGAAAACACCCAUACUUUAUCAAAAGCAUUUGUCAUAAAUAACAUUGAGUUUAUUCCAGUGUUUUGCCUAGGAAAGGAUUAUAUGACUAAAGUACUCACAGAGCUCAGGGCGGGCAAGCUGCUUUGCAAAAACAUGAGUGUCAUCAAAGCAAACACAUCUAGAAUGAAGACUUUCUAGGAGAACAAGCAGAAAGUGCAAUUCAGAACUGUCAUCUCUGCACAAACUGUCUGGCUUUUAGAGAUAAUGCAUAUAGAAUAAAUAGACCUGGGAGAUUUGCCUUUAAAAGCUGGGCAUCUUUGUCCCUUAUAAAUUAGAAACACUGACCCAUUGUUAGAACUUCAAGCAAAAUAGCUCCCUACAUUAUAUACAUUAGAGGUGCAAUGGAAUCCAAUCCAGUCUAAUUUCCAAAAACCUAGUCUUGCAGUACUUGGGCUAAAAUGCAUACAUUUGAGUGCUAUAUUCCUAUGCAUAUGGCUGGCCUACAAUGUCAACUGAAGCCAGAUGACAUUGUUAUUUAUCUUAUUUAUUUAUGGAGUUGUUUGGUUUUUUCAGCAGGUACUGCUGGUAUCUAAUACUGCAUUUCACAGCCCAGGGUCAGUGUGGGAGAGAUAUGGAAUUCUACCCAAAGUUUUGUCACUGAGAAGGCAGAUGGUUAGGUCUUCAGUUAAAACAUUCAGGGAAACUAGAAAGAGGGAGGGGAGUGCGCAAAAGUAAAGCUGCCCCUCUGCAUGGAACUGUACUGCUCCCAAAAUCACUCCUGCAAGCUAAAAAUGUAGAACAGUACCCUGGUUUGAGUUUUUCUGCAAAGUCUGGUGAUUUGUUCACCUUUGUUCCACCAUGGUUAAAGUGUCACCUAUGUUAUCUGUCCUCAAAAUACAACAAAGACAUGUACAGGAGCUCUAAUGGGUCACUGAUCAGCUAUGUACAAACUUCCUGAUUCAUAUGUAACUCUGUAUCAUCAGGAUUCCACAAAAAAAACCCUAAAUACAUCAUCAUGAAUCCACAAAAAACCCCUAACCCAUAGGGUUAUA